UCUAUACUCCAAUCCUGGACGGAUAUCUUGCACGACAGCGAGCCACGUCAUAAUUCGAUCGUCCGCCGUCCGAUGGGAGCCGACGACGACAGAGGCCGUCCGAUUCUCCUCCAUCGAACUCCCUCGAACCUGGCCGGCUCUCUUUCUCCUCCCCACCGCCGCUCCUCCGUCUUCACCACCUGGCUGGCGACCCCGCCCUCGCCUUACCUGGGCGCUCUUCCCCUACGGAUCCGCCUCACCCCGGCUUCCCCGCCGCCACGUCACUCCGCCUUCCCACACCCAUCGCCCUCCGCCUCAUCCCAGCUUCCCCGCCGCGAGGACCCGCUUCGGCAGCGCCGCGCACGCUGACUUCCCCAGCAGACCCGGCUCUCUCCGCUUUCGCUGCCGCCGCGGUCCCAACUCACUCGUCGCGCGACUCGCCAAGGAAGAAGGGGGUUGUGCGCCGAGCUGAACUCACUCGUGUCGCGACUCGCCAAGGAAGAAGGGGGUCGUGGGCCGAGCUGUGGAUGGGCACGCAGCCGUCCGCGCCGUCGUCACUGGCGCCCGACGUCUCCAUGCAGGGCUGGCUCGCGCGGAACCCCGCCGCGCUAGGCCGCGCCGUCGCUGCGCGCUGGGGCAGCGACCUCCCGUUCCUCUUCAAGGCGCUGUCGACCCAGGCGCACCCGGACCGGGAGCUCGCGCGGCGCUCCACGCGCUGCGCCUCGCCACGUACCGCGACGCCAACCACAAGCCCGAGAUGGCCGUCGCCGUCACCGAGUUCCACGCGCUCUGCGGCUUCGCCGGCAUCAAGGCUGUUUAGCAAGCAAAAUGCACACGAUCAGAAGAGAGACAGCGGCAGCUGUAAUUGUUCAGAAGUAUAUCCGAAGAUGGCUUUGACUAUCCUUUAUUCUCACAAAGUUUGCUCCAUUCCAGAGCCCCUUCCCGGAUUAAGUUGUUCAACUGCAACUUGAUUGGCAUCAGGUCCUGGUUUGCUUGAAACCAGUCUGCAAUAACAGCCAAGUGCUGUGUAGGCAAUUUCCCCCGCAGCUAUGUUCAUUCGGGCUUCCACCCGGGUAACGUUCACCCGACGAAAAACAAACAGCGACAGAACAAUAAUCGCUGGAGAACUCCAUUGCCUUGACGCCCUUUUUUUUUUCUAGUUACUUCUGUUGAUGGACAACAAGUAAAUGUUUGACAUCUAAAGCUAAUGUUUGCUAACUCAUAUAACACUCCUAAUUUUCCUUA